AGACCCAGGGGAGUGAUAUAAAGUUUUGCCUCCAGAUUUUGUGUAGUGGGAGGGUCCAACCUGCCAAAUAAAGAGUGGAGUAUCUGGUGGUUCAGUUCAGGGCAAGUGCUAGACGUGCAACAGGAAGCUGGUGAAUCAUUUCACAUGCAGAAGAUGUCGAGGUUCACUCUGUGCAUGGUACUGGGAGUGUUUGUGUGGGAGUUUGCAUCCUGCUCUAUCACGUGUCCUGACGGCCAUGUCUGCUCUGAUUUGGCCAGCUGCUGUAUGACCAGGGAUGGCUAUAGCUGCUGUCCAUAUCCAAAAGCUGUGUGCUGCCCUGACUUGGCCCACUGCUGCCCCUCAGGGUUUAGCUGUAAUCUUGCCACCCAGAUGUGUGAGAGGGAAAACGAGCCGUGGGCGAGCGUGCCCAUGAAGGAAACAGAGGCCGCGGAGGAAACGAGCACUCCCGUUCAACCUGUGUCUACCGUUCUGGAGCUCGAAAACAACGUUGUUGUUCCAGACCAACAAAAGAGUUCAGUAGUUCAUUGUGACAACUAUUUCUACUGUCCUGAUUACACUACCUGUUGCAGACAUCCAAAUCAGGCCUGGUUCUGUUGCCCAUACUCUCCUGGCCGGUGCUGUCUGGAUGGCUACCACUGUUGUCCAUACGGCUACGACUGUGACUACAGUUACACGCACUGUAUAAGGCGAGGCCUGAGAUAUCCUUUCACCCCCAAACAACCGCUGACCUCAGUCCCUGCAGCUCACAUUUCAACUUUAGAGGACAAAAGCAGCUUGCAAGAGCAGACACCAAUGAAAGCUGUAACAGAAGCCAGCAGCAGCAACGGUGAGGCCGGAGUUAUUCGCUGUGAUUCCAAGUUUUACUGCCCAGGGGGGUCAUCCUGCUGCAAACGACCCGAUGGCCAGUGGAGCUGCUGCCCCUACCCACUGGGCAAGUGCUGUGCAGACGGUCAGCACUGCUGUCAGUACGGAUACACCUGCGAUCCCACCUCCUUGACAUGCAGAAGUCUCGCCUCUUGAGCAGGGGAACUGACAGAACAGACCAAGGACAUGCUUUUACUUUGUGUGCUGUGACUUCACUGUUUAUUGGGGGGUAUAUUCUUUUGUUUUUUACAUAAUUCAUUUCGGAUUAAAAUGCAUCACAGCAUUAAUAGACAACAAUAAAGAAAAAGAUUUGAGAUCAGUCCAACUAUAUAUUGUAGUGGUUAGUAAGAGAGAUGUCACAUUUUAUUUUUAGCAACCAGCUUAUAUGUUUUUCCUUCAUGUCUUUAUUUCGUCUGUAAGAUAAGACAACUGAAGACUGACACGCAUGCGGACAUGUUUAAAUAAAAUAUGUAUUUAUAAAAUGUU